AUGUCUAAAGUAUUUUUUGAUAUUAACAUAGAUGGAUAAGAAAAAGGAAGAAUUGUAUUUUAAUUAUCUGACUAAACCCCUAAAACAUCUGAUAAUUUCAGAAUUUUAUGCACUGGAGAAAAAGGAUUUGGCUACAAAGGAUGUGGUUUCCAUAGAAUUAUACCUUAAUUUAUGAUUUAAGGAGGUGAUUUUACUGCUGGAAACGGAACUGGUGGAAAAUCUAUCUAUGGUGAAAAAUUUGCAGAUGAAAACUUCAUAUUGAAACACACUAAGCCUUACCUUUUAUCUAUGGCUAAUGCUGGUCCUAACACUAAUGGCUCUUAAUUCUUCAUUACAACUGUAGCAUGUCCCUGGUUAGAUGGAAAACACGUUGUUUUCGGUGAAGCUAUUGAAGGAUAAGAAAUUAUUAAUGCAUUAGAAUAAUAAGGAUCUUAAAAUGGAAAAACUAAAGUAAAAUGCUAUAUCUCUAAUUGCGGAUAACUUUAAAAUUGAUAUUA